AUGGCUGCCACUCACUACCUUCCACCUGUGCUGCUGGGUACUGUCGUGGCGCUUUACUAUCCGUCGGGCGAGGUUCUCUGGACUAUCGGGAAAGUGCUUCUGCUACUCGUGCUGUUGCAAAGCAUCUCCGAAGAAAAAGCAGCAGAACAAGACAAGAUCGCGAGCGCCGAGAGCAUCACCACCGAGCCCGUUUUGAGUUUACUUGACGAGAAACGGCAUGGUGCAGUGCAACAUCACAUUCACGCGCAACAUAAUUUCGCUUCAUUCAUCUCUGCUAUCUCUGCUGUUCCUACAUUGAAUCCGCUUAGCCCGGAGAAACCCUUCGGUGCACUGUAUUUCAUCACCAACAGUCUCGACGAGAACUUUGUCGUAGCCGCCCAAAUCGGAGAGGACGGUAUCGCGAGCGAUGUCAAGGCUAUCUCGGCUAACGGUGUUGGUGCGCAAGGUCAGCCCGCCAAACCCGGCGCACUGUUCUCGCAGGGCCCGGUCCAGGUCAAUCAGGCGACGAAUAGGCUUGCAUUCGUCAACGCGGGCUCGAACACUGUACAGCUGUUUGACAUCAAUCCCAAGAUGCCAACAAACAUCACGGCUAUCGGUAAACCUGUUCCCUCUGGUGGCGACUUUCCACAAUCGAUUGCGUGGAACAAUGCCGGCGACAAGAUGUGCGUACUCAAUGGUGGGCUGAAGUCCAAUGUUCAAUGCUUCCUAGUCGAUAGCAAAGACCAGGGCGGAAUCAUCGCCGUCGCCAAAGGCCUUCCUACAGACCUCGAGAAUAGCCCAGGAUACAUCCGCGUCUGGUUGCUCGCCGAUAACGGCACCAUCGCGGAGACACCCUUCCAGGUCAACAGCACUGAUACGGCUGGCUCCUUGAUCUUCAGCUUGAGCCAGAAGGCUGGAAGUCUCGUCUACGUUGGCGCCGAUGCCACGAACGGGGGAGUCGUCAUCGAUCUGACGGCUGGUCCCGGGGGUGCAGUCUUCAAACCCAUUGACCUCCCGAACAACAAGGGUAACUGUUGGUCCGUCCACGCGCCCAAGACCGGAUCGUUCUUCAUCUCCGACUUGUUGAGUGACAAGAUCAACGAGGUUACGCUCGACAAGAACAAUAACGCCACGCUCGUUCGUCAGUACGACGUUCCCGGCUUGGGACCUAAUGAAGCCGUCGUGGCCGAGAUCCAGGGUCAGGAGUUCAUGUACAUGCUCAUGGAAGGGGCGGAAUCUAUUGGCGUCUGGCGUCUUGAUGGUCCUGGGAAGGCUGUCUUGACACAGUUAUGGGACGUCGCGGUUCCCGUCGAGUUCACAGGUGUUACUGUUGACGAGCUGCUCAUCUCGGGGAUUCACUUCUGUAACCAAGACCACUGGGAUGCCGAUGUCAGGCGAACACAAGUUGGCGUGUCGGGCUUCAAGCAGUCGCCGCCGCGUGGCCAAGUGAUGGCCAAGUGGUGGUCAAGUGAUGGCCAACUACAAGGGUCUGAGGCCAGUAGUGUUCGAGAACUACUUGAACCCUCUCUCCGCGUAUGGAGGGCUUAG